GUUAGUGGCCCCGGUCCGCUGCGCCUGCGUCCGCCUCCACAGCUCUCCAAAGCCGAGACGCGCCACCGCCGCCGCCGAUGCGGGCAUGACAUACUGGCAGCAGUAGUGGGCUUCCGUCAGCCUGCCUUUUGAGCAGAUUACAAAAGGAGAGGAAGAGACAUAAGAGUAGAAGAGAGUGAAGUGACUCAUUCCUACCCCUGCCGUGUGUCGAGAAGAGUAGAUGAGUCAAUGGCAGGGGCACAGCCUGGAGUUCAUGCGCUGCAGCUCAAGCCAGUGUCCGUUCCCGAGAGCCUAAGAAAGGGCAACAAAUUUAUGAAAUGGGAUGAUGAUUCUACCACUGUGACCCCAGUGACUCUAACUGUCGACCCCAAAGGUUACUACCUGUAUUGGACCGACCAGAACAAGGAUACAGACCUACUGGAUAUAGCGUACAUAAAAGAUGCCAGAAAUGGAAAGUGCACCAAAACACCAAAGGAAGCCAAGCUGCGGGAGCUACUGGAUGUCAGCACCUUGGCGGGGAAAAUGGAGAACAGGAUGCUGACAGUGGUGAGCGGCCCUGACAUGGUCAACAUCACCUAUCUGAACUUCAUGGCCUUCCAGGAGGAGACGGCUAAGGAAUGGGCGGAAGAGCUGUUCAACCUGGCAUCUAACCUCUUUGUACAGAACAUGUCCAGAGAGGCCUGCCUUGAGAAAGCAUACACUCGGCUGAAGCUGCAGCUCAACCCCGAGGGGCGAAUCCCCGUCAAGAAUAUCUUCAGGGUGUUCUCAGCAGACAGGAAGCGAGUGGAGACAGCCCUGGAAAACUGUAACCUCCCUUCUGGCAGAAAUGACUCCAUCCCCCAGGAAGAUUUCACCCCAGAGGUCUACAACAUGUUCCUGAACAACAUCUGCCCACGAUCGGAGCUGGACCACAUCUUCUCUGACGUGGGGGCUAAGAGUCGUCCGUACCUCAGUGUGGAGCAGAUGACAGAGUUUAUUAACAAUAAACAGCGAGACCCUCGUCUGAAUGAGAUACUCUACCCUCCUCUCAAACCAGAGCAGGUCCAGGUGCUGGUGGACAAAUAUGAGCCUAAUGCUUCGUUGGCACAGAAAGGUCAGAUCUCAAUGGAAGGCUUUACCAGGUAUCUGAAUGGGGAGGAGAACAGCAUCAUCCCCCCUGAGAAGCUGGACCAGAGCGAAGACAUGACCCUUCCUCUGUCCCACUAUUUCAUCAACUCCUCGCACAACACAUACCUCACAGCCGGUCAGCUCGCGGGGAACUCCUCAGUCGAGAUGUACAAGCAGGUCCUCUUGUCAGGAUGCCGCUGCAUUGAGCUGGACUGCUGGAAGGGUCGCACCACAGAAGAAGAGCCUGUCAUCACUCACGGCUUCACCAUGACAACUGAAAUCUCCUUCAAGGAGGUGAUCGAGGCUAUAGCAGAGAGUGCCUUCAAGACCUCGCCCUUCCCCAUCAUCCUGUCUUUUGAGAACCACGUGGACUCACCAAAGCAGCAGGCUAAGAUGGCAGAGUACUGCCGGUCAAUAUUUGGAGACGCAUUACUGACAGAACCUCUGGAGAAAUAUCUUUGAAGAACAAAAAGAAACACCACAAGACAGACGGAAGCACCAAGAAGAAACUGUCGGAGCAGGUUUCUAACACUUACAGCGAUUCUUCCAGUGUGUGUGAGCCCUCCUCCCCAAGCGCAGGUUCGACCAAAGAGGAGAUGGCAGAUUCCUCGCAGCCUUCUGAGAGUGCCGAACUCAGCCUGAGGCCGCAAGGCAGAAAGUCUAUUGGUGAGGUGGAGGCAGAAAGUGAGGAUGAAGAUGAUGAUGAUGACGACUGUAAAAAGGGCUCAAUGGAUGAGGGUACAGCAGGCAGUGAGGCAUUUGCCACGGAGGAAAUGUCCAACCUGGUCAUCUACAUCCAGCCAGUCAAGUUUAACAGCUUCGAGGCUUCUAAAAAGAUCAAUCGCAGCUUCCAGAUGUCAUCCUUCGUAGAGACCAAAGCCUUGGAGCAACUGACUAAAUCUCCUGUAGAGUUUGUGGAAUACAACAAACUCCAGCUGAGCAGGAUCUAUCCUAAAGGCACCCGAGUGGAUUCAUCCAACUACAACCCUCAGCUCUUCUGGAAUGCCGGCUGUCAGCUGGUGGCUCUCAACUUCCAGACAAUUGAUUUGUCCAUGCAGUUGAACCUGGGCAUGUAUGAGUACAAUGGGAAAUGUGGCUACAGACUCAAACCAGAGUUUAUGAGGCGGCCUGACAAACACUUUGACCCUUUCACAGAGAGCACAGUGGAUGGGAUAGUAGCUAACACUCUGUCUGUAAAGAUCAUCUCAGGCCAGUUCCUGUCAGAUAAGAAAGUAGGCACGUACGUGGAGAUUGACAUGUUCGGCUUACCAGUGGACACCAAGAGGAAAGCGUUCAAGACCAAGACAUCUCAGGGCAAUGCCAUCAACCCUGUCUGGGAAGAAGAGGCCAUUGUCUUCAAGAAGGUUGUUCUGCCCACACUUGCUUCAUUACGGAUAGCAGUGUUUGAAGAAGGAGGGAAGUUCAUCGGCCACCGUAUCAUUCCUGUGUCAGCCAUCCGUCCAGGCUACCACUACAUCCAUCUAAGGAACGAGAAGAACCAGUCCCUGACUUUGCCUGCUCUGUUUGUGUAUGUAGAAGUGAAGGACUAUGUCCCAGACACAUUUGCAGAUGUCAUUGAAGCCUUGUCCAAUCCCAUCCGCUAUGUCAACCUGAUGGAGCAGAGAGCCAAUCAGCUGGCUGCUCUCACUUUGGAAGAGGGAGGAGAGGAGGAGGGCGAUAAAGAGGUGGAGGCGGGAAGCGAUGCCCCCUCAGAAUCUAAGGUGGACCAGAGGGUAACGCUGCCUGCAGAGAAUGGGCUGAGCCACACACCCAUUAUCACCCCAAAACCACAUUCACUGGUUGGCCACCAGCCACAGUCUGCAGGCUCAUUGAAACCAGCAGUGAAAACUGAAGACAUCGUUCAGAGCGUCCUCACUGAAUUAGAGGCUCAGACACUGGAGGAAUUGAAGCAGCAGAAGGGCUUUGUUCGAGAGCAAAGGAAGCAGUACAAGGAGAUGAAGGAGCUGGUUCGCAAACACCACCGCAAAACCAGUGAGCUGAUCAAGGAGCACACAGCUCGUGCAUCCGAGCUACAGAGCCAGCAUCAGCGCCGGCGUUCUGCCCUGCAGAAGAGCCACAAACGAGACGGUAAGAAAAGUCGGUCCGAACACUCUCUGUCGACCCUGGACCAGGAGCUGUGUGAGCUGGAUCAGGAGUGUACACAGAGGCUUGCAGAGCUGAAGGAGCAGCAGCAGCAACAGCUCCUCACACUUCGCCAGGAGCAGUACUACAGCGAAAAGUACCAGAAACGAGAGCACAUCAAGCAGCUGGUUGAGAAGCUGACCACUAUAGCAGAGGAGUGCCAGAGUGCUCAGCUCAAAAAGCUCAGAGACAUCUGUGAGAAAGAAAAGAAGGAUCUUAAGAAGAAAAUGGACAAGAAAAGACAAGAGAAGAUCAAUGAAGCCAAAUCUAAAGACAAAAAUGUGACAGAAGAAGAGAAGCUUGAGAUUAACAGAUCGUUUGUCAACGAGGUGGUGCAGUACAUCAAACGGUUGGAAGACGCACAGACUAAAAGACAGGAGAGACUACUGGAGAAGCACAAGGAUAUCCGCCAGCAAAUCUUGGAUGAAAGGCCAAAGGACGGUUGUGCAGCUGAAGAGCAUGCUCUCCAGGGUUAUGCUCUGUCUAAGGAACAUUCCCUGCUGAACUCCUGCUGGAAAGCGUCCUCUCCACAGUACGAUUUUGAGGUUUCCGACUUCAACCACGAGCCACCUUUCACAAGAGCUACAGAGCGAUCUGGACCAGGAGUACCAGGACAAAUUUCGACGGCUACCCGUGGAGAUACAAGAGUUUGUUCAGGACAGCAGCAAGGCCAAGCUUAGUGACGAUUGUGUCCAUGGAAACCUUGUUGCCUCCUCAACAACAGAGAAGCUCAACCACAAGGCGUCACAGUCGGAGGACGACACGGAGGAGGGCUCGUCGGAACGAGUCUACGACACGCCCCUUUAGAGAUUUAACCUCAGCGCUUUGCUUCACACUGGGACACUGAUUGGUGGAUGUGUUUGUGACCACAGAUCUAGGAUAAGACUGCCCCAACUUUGGUCCUAAUUUUGACCAAUGGGAGGAUUAGAUCAAAUCUGAGCCUGAAUUGGUGAGUAGAGGUCCUCUCUGCGUAGAGUGCAGUCUUGUCUGGAAAACCGUUUCAUGUAAAUAGUAACUUUUUGUGUAUUUAUAUGUUACCUUUUAUGUUGUCGUCUCUUUCGGUACGGCCACAGGAUGUGUUACAAAGCACUAACUAUUUGCAGGAAAUAACUUACUUGAACUAUUGCACAGAGAGAGUAGUUUCUUUUUAUUAUUUUUUAUUAUCUUGAUAUUGACAGUUGUGGUGGUCAGUGAGGUGUGUGGUGCCAAGGUUUUAAAUUCACUUACAGUAGACAUCGUCAUUUAAGUGGAGUCAACUUGUACUGUAAAGAAAACCACUGCAUAUUUAGCCUUUAAAGCUUCCAUCUUUAUAAGAUUUAGAUUCACCCUUACAUAUUUGCACUGAAGGCUCACUAUGUAACUAUGUAAUUCCUUUCCUUUAACCCAGAGGCACUGGUGGCUUGCUGGUUCUCGAUUUUGUUCUCACAGAACUAAGCCUAUGUGUUGCUGCUACUUUGUUUUAAAACUUGUUUUUUAACCAUUAUUUGGUUUGUAUGAUGUCUGGCAUGGUAAUAUUAUGCAGUGCUCUGUCAUUUGUUUUGGGUUUUUUCUUUUUUUUGGCUAGUUUUUAAAAGAUUUGUGUUGAUUGUGGGCAUUUCUGCUCAGAGAGGAAGUGAAGGGAAAGUGAGUUGUAUAGUAUCUGCAUGUAUUUGAACAACUGUAAAUGUUACAGUAGCUCUGUAGCAGAGAUGUUUAUUAAAUGUAAAUCUAUUUUCUCGAAAACAUUUAAACUAAACCUGCAAAACAGUGUGGGCUUAAUACAUCACUGUGGCUGAACAGGUCUGAAAUAAGUAACACACCCCUUUCUUAAAACCAACAGUAGCUGGCUCAAGUUAACAGGUUGCAGAUUGUAUUCGUUACCUUUGUCCUCUUAAACUAAAACAGUCAAACCAGGAUAUUCGAAUAGAAAAAGAGGAUCCUGCUGUAGUUUUAUAGAAGUUGCCUUCCUCUUAACUGGUUCAUUGUGUACCUACAGAGGAGUGUCCACACAGCAGAUGCCCGGGUCCACAGGAAUAUGUCCUCCACUGGCAUUAUCUUUAAUGUUCACCCACAAUUGGUAGCUGUAGUUUGAAGUGGGGAAAUAGUUCAGUUAUGUGUAAACAGACCCCAAACGCUCAGUUUAAAUCUGUCAAACACCAGCGUUAACAUGAUCUAAUAAAUAACUGGACUAUUUCCUCUUUAACUAAGAAAAUGUGCCCAUUCAGUAACUAUAAGGAAGUGGUUUUGACUUCCUAACUGUCCAGUGCCAUUAAACUCAAGGGUCAUUUGAUAUCAAAUCAUAUUUCAGCUGAAAAAAAAAAAAA